AUGUCCGCAUAUGAAAACAGACUCCCCAGACCUCUUACUCCCCCCGAAGACCAUUCUCUUAAGGGUGUGAGCCCUACUGCAACACAACCAACAUCAAUCUUCUCCAACGACCAGCGUAGAGCAAGUCCUCCAUCUGUACCUUCCCAUGGAAUCGCCAACACUGCCAACCCUUAUCCAAACACAACCAAGGCCGACAUGGUAUUCAAUGAGCCCAUGGGGGAACGCACUCGUAAGGAUGGCAUGAACCCUUUUAGCUCUGAGCAAGACAGAACCCACAAUACUCGCAUUCGUAACACCCAGCCCACACACCAGGGAGCUCCUUAUGGCACCAAUACGCACGAAAACAUCUUGAACCGCGAUAUCGGCAUGAACCAUGAAAUGAAGAAGAACCAUGACUUGAACAUGAACCAUGACUUGAACAUGAACCAUGACUUGAACAUGAACCAUGACUUGAACAUGAACCAUGACUUGAACAUGAACCAUGACUUGAACAUGAACCAUGAUAUGAACAUGAACAAUGACUUGAACGUAAACAAGAACCACGAUUUGAACAUGAACCGUAGCUCCCGUGGUACCCACAACAGACUUAAUAACACAUCCACUGACAACAACCGCAAUGAAGUUGUGAGCAAUAUCGAACGUGAGAUUUGGACCAUCCUCAAGUGGGACAAUCCUACCCGUUCCGGCGUAAUUCUUGCCUUGUUGGUUAGCAGUAUCGUUGUCACCCGCCACUACUCCCUUUUGCAAAUCUCGGCCGGUAUACUGACUCUGGCAAUAGCGAUUAACUUUGCAUAUGUAACCACCAUGGUACAAGGCCAGAAAGUGUUUUACGAUGGCAAGACUUCUCACCCCUACAGCAAUGUGAUUAAUGAUGACAACCUGACUUCUAUGAACCGCAGCCGAGUCCACCAUUUUAGUACCCUGAUGGUCGAUCUGGCCGAGACCAUUAUCCGUGGCUUGAGUAAGAUCAUUCUGAUCGAGGACAGCAAGAGAAGUCUCAAGUGGCUCGCCAUCUUUUACUUGACCUGGACUGCCUCUGCUUACAUCUCUACUAUGACUAUUAUCCUGACCUUUAUCAUCUCUGCAUUUAUCUUCCCCCGUUUGUACAUGAGCAACAAGGACGUUCUUGACCACCAUUUUAACCGUGGCGAGCAGCUCCUCAAGACAAAGCUUGAACGUACUCAGAACAUGGCUGCCGAAGGUGUGAGUGAUGCUUACUCCAAGACCAGAGCCUAUGUUGCCCAGAUCGGUACUACUGGUACUGAUGCCGCCAAUACCUUUAAUAAGGAAGCUGUCACCUUGAAAGAGGACUAAAUAGUACAUCGACACUGUGUAAUACUUUUUCAUACUUUUAGCUUUAUCCCCUGUAACUAUUCUCUGUAAAAAGAACCCAAAAUUGAAUGAUCGACUAUCAACAUAUGAUAGAUCGUUUGAAAUAAACAUGAUACUUUGUAAAUACC